UCCGGGAGACGGCACAGGUUUGUCAGAUAUCCCGUGCAUGGCAUGGUUGACAGGGUAGUCGGCGAUUGGGACGGCAUAGUUCGCUUUAUAUUAGUCUAUCAGCUUGUAUUAAGUAUCAAACAUUUAAAAUCAGAACUAACUUGACAUCUCCCAGUCGUCUCGGCAGCUGUCCUCACUCUGCGAGAGUAGUUUUUCGCAUUUGUCAUUGCUCGGCUUAGCUAACCAUCGUUAACGUUGCUCUGCGAAAAUGGCGGAUGCUCAGUCAGAGAAGAGUCUGGAUGAUUUCUUUGCCAAGCGGGAUAAAAAGAAGAAGAAAGAGAAGGUAAAGGGGAAAGAGACUACCGCCGGCCCCACGCCGACCGCGGUGAAAAAGGCGAAGGAGAAGAAGGAGAAAUCUGCGAAAAACGAAAACCAGGACGCCCAAGUGGAGAAGGAGGACGAGGAAUGGAAAGAGUUUGAGCAGAAAGAAGUGGACUACAGUGGGCUUCGGCUCCAGGCCUUACAGAUCAGUGAUGAGAGAGAGGAAGAGGAGUAUGAGAAGGAGGAGGUAGGAGAGGAUGGAGAGAUCAUCCUGGUCAGUGGAGACAAAGUCUCAGGACCCUGGAACAAGUCUGGUGGUGCUCCUCCCCCUGCUGCUUCACCUGUGGAGGAAGAGGAGGCGCCUGAGUCGAAGCCCGCCGGCGUCUACCGCCCUCCAGGAGCUCGACUUACCCCCAGCAGAAGAGCCCAGACCCAAGGUCCUCCUGAGAUCUUCAGCGACACACAGUUCCCCUCCCUAUUGUCCACCGCCAAACACGUUGAGACUCGCAAAGACAGGGAAAUGGAGAAGACCUUUGAGGUUGUGAAACACAAGAACCGCGGCAGAGAAGAAAGCGGUGGCGCCUCCAUGCAACAGUUGCAGCUGGACAACCAGUACGCCAUCCUGGGUGACAAGUAGAGCUGGUUCCCCUCCGCCCCCCUCCCCCUCCCAGCACCGACUCCCUCAAAGGAAGCUGAACUCCAGCUGUGCUGGCUGCAGUCCUAAAAGAGCUCCGUUUGCCACCACCCCUCACACCACUCACUCACAGUCAUACACGAUGCCCCUGCAGGUACACUCCCUUCACGCGACACGGUUUGGUUGGCAGGACUAAAGGAUUGCAUCAGAAGGGACUGAUGGGGAAAAAAGGCGGAAUAACUGAAAUGAAUCAGCAGAAUUGAAUCCAAACCUACGAUGACGCUGCAGCAUCAACAGGGAUGUAGUUGACCUUUGUGGAUUGUUUUCAGAGCAGCAGUUGUGUGGCAGAACUUCUCUGGACUUCAACUUGCUUUGACAAAGCCGCAGAGGAUCAAAGAUGACUUUAGGCUCGAUGAUCUUACAAACUUCUGUGAAAAUAUCUAUUUUUUUGGCGAGGUCUUUACAACCCAAUCGCACGUGGUUAACGUUGAGGUGUGGCUUUUUUGUGUGUGCUGCGGUUGGGGCUUCUGGAGGCGGGAGGGAUGCUGCCUCAACGACACAGCUGAUGACUACAGAACCCGGGCUGUUCUGUUUUUGCUGUGGUGAUGGAGAGGCGGGGCUAGCACCAACCUCCACCGCCUUCUUCCACAUACAAACCAGCCAACAGGCUCUUUGAUUUAGAAACUUGAAGCUUUGUGUUUUGUUUUUAUUUUUUCAUUCGUCGACAAUGGCACUGCAAAGAUCUACAAACAGGAAAUAAUGAGUUACAUUUCUCAUUUUAGAGUUUCUAUAUUAAGUGGCCUUAUUGAUAGAGCGAAACUGUCAUCUGAUUGGUUUUUGGCUCUGGAUCGAACCACUUUCAUCAUCUAUGAGGGGGUUAAAAAAAAUCAAAGCAGGAAUGUAGUGCUGUUGUAGUUUGCCUGAUGAUAACAACUACUAACUCUCAUAUCCAGUGAACUUACUGCUCCUUGAAUUUAGUUUUUUUCCACCCAUACAUCUCAGAUAGAUCAACUAAAGCUUGUUUCUAAUCAUGCUUUGUUCAGUUUUGAUAACAUGCUUAAUUUCAGCUUAACACCAGGAAGUCUCAGUAUAAUUUUGCAGAAGUUGUGCUUACUUUCACAAAUUGAAGUUCAGAACCUUAAAUAAAGGCUUUUUCAUGAGGUCGUCCAGGGAUCGGCCCUUUUUAAAAACCAUGUCAACUGCGAACAACUUUGAAUCUUAGCAGGCAACAACAUUUAAAAUCCAGUGAGGACAAACUUAAUGCACAUUAAACAUGGGAAGAUGCAUAAUAAGUUUGAUUAAUCACUCUUUCCCAUAAAAGUGAAUCACCGUGGAUACAUCUUGAUCAUAUCCAUGGUGGGAAGAGUUUGGUUUCUUUUUUUCCCUCCAUUUUGAUUUAUUUUUCUUUUCUGGUCUGUUCAGAGAUUAUUGGUCAUCUGCGAACCCCAAAGCUUGUAUGAACCCUUGUUCCCUCACAAAAACAUACUUCAAAUGGUCUCAUUUUAUCAGACUAGGUGUUCCCGUCUUUCCUUCUUGUGUUUGCGCAGACGAAUGAAUUAAAGUUCAAGCUCUUUUGAGAUAUAAGAAAAUAAACAAAUGAUCUCUUAUACCAAGCAUAUUAACAAAUAAAACAAAGUUUUCUCUAAAAAC